CCGUCUCUUAUUUCCAAUCCCGUAUCUCCUCUCCUCGGUCGCCCGUCCUUGCAAAUAAGCAAUUCGCGGUGCUGGGCCUGUAAGCUAGGGUUCCAGCGCCUCGGCAGACGCUUGCGAAUGGUUUCUUCGUGUUCUUGAGAAAUCCUAGAGGCAAUUCUUCGAGUCGUUGGGUGUGUCUUGAGGUUAAACAGGGCGAUUGUAGUGUGUGAGAACCGUUUGAGGUCUUUCGAGGCGGUGGUUGGGCGGUGGUCUUGAGAUUGGAGAGCAGCAGGGUGUAGAGGUAGCGGCGAGGGAAAUCCGAUCGGUUGCAGGCGUGGUCGCGUUGUGGCCGUGAUUGGCGAGUCUUUUUUGAGGUGGUGAUCCGUCACAAAGGUAGAUAGAUAGAACUGUAGCUAGGUGGUAAUCGAUGAGCAGCAACGCCGACAAAGAAAGCACAGAAGCCUCUAAAAUGGAGGGCAAGGAAGGAGGAGCAGCUUCGAAUAUGAGUAAUGAUAAUGAGAAACCACAGCAGGUAGAGGGUCUUGGCAGCGAUGCCGAAAAUAAUGUGGUAAGCGACGAUAGUCCAGCACCAGAGCCGAGCACUGCUGGAAGGGUGCCGUUCACCUCUCUAAGUCAAGUUGAUUCGGACAUGGCGUUGGCUCGAGCUCUUCAGGAGCAGGAAAGAGCAUAUUUCUUACUACAGAUGGGACAUGGUGGUGGUGAUUUUAACGAUUCUGGUAGGUUCUUUUAUGAGGGGAACCAUUUCGAUAUUCCAGGUGACGACGAGGAAUACCGAGAUGAAGAAGAGGAUGAAGAGGAGCAGGAAGAGGAGGAAGAUGAUGAAGAGGUCGAAGAAGGUGCAGAUGAUCCUGAGGAACCAGGGAUAGAGGGAAGAGCUGCUGGUGAUGAACAGCUAGAUGGUGCUAACUUUGAUAGUGAUGAGGCUUAUGCGCGGGCUCUCCAGGACAAGGAGGAUCGGGAUACUACAGCACAUCUGAUGGCGCUCGCUGGCAUUCAUGAUCCUGACGGGGGGUUGGAAACCGAUAGCAACGACUCUCAUGACGACAUGUGGGAGGAUGUGGAUCCGGAUAAUAUGUCUUACGAGGAGCUAAUUGCACUUGGAGAAGCAGUAGGAACAGAAAGCAAAGGGCUAAAUGCCCAGUCUGUUGCAUCACUUCAACAAUUUACGUAUGUGCCUGAUUCAAAGGACAUUAGCACUGAUCAAGAGCAGUGUGUAGUCUGUCGGCUUGAGUACGAAAAAGGAGACAAGAUGCUUAGGUUGCCUUGCAAACAUCACUACCAUUCUGAGUGCAUUCAACAAUGGCUGCAACAUAAUAAGGUCUGCCCUGUCUGCAGCGCUGAAGUCACUAUUGAAUCCAGUUCAUCUGAUGUCAAGCAUAGCACGAAUUGAGUAGGUUAUUCGAGGGCAAGCUGCUCUUUGAUAUUGGAAUUCAGAUGAUGAAGAAAUCGAGUAUGCGAAGGGCUAGGUGGUCAGCUUGGUGUUAGGAUUUCUUUGUAAGGAGAUCGUCUUGCCAUCGUCUCCUGUGUCGUCAAAGCGACACAGAAUGUAAACAUCUCAUGGGAAGCGUUGGAUGUGUGGAUAUACAAAUCCAUUGUGGGCUUUGUAUUUUGUAAAUAUUUGUUUUCAUUUUACACUUGUAUUGUGCACCCCUAACACGUGGUGGUUGGAAUACAUGAACUAAACAGUUGUUAGUGGAGCAGUCUGUCCUUUUUAACGGGUGCAUACCUCACUGUAAAAUAAUAACAUGGUAUCAUCACAUAUACCGAAGUUUAUGGA